UGGGCGCAGCAUGGGGGCUCCUGGAGGGAAGGUCAACCGGCCGCGGACGGAGCUGCAGAAGAAACUCUUCAAGAGACGCCGUGUUUUGACCAAGCAAAAGAGAAAGAAACACCGGAUUGUGGGCGCUGUGGUGGACAAGGAACUCACCACCAUCCACCACUUGAAGAAACGCUGCUCCAGCACUCGAGCAAACAUCACCCUCUCGGGGAAGAAGAGGAGGAAACUGCUCAAGCAACUCCGCCACACUGUGAAGGAGACAGCUGCCAUGCUGGUCGAUGUGUCUCCAGGUCCAAGUAAAACCUCUGGGAGCAGGAAGGGGAAAAACGAGAAGCAGGAAAAACUCGCAGCCGGCCCGGAUGUGGAGAUGGCGGAAGCGGGGCCGGGCUCGGAGAGCUGA